AUGGAGGACGGCUACCGAGACCGGACGGCCUUCAUCCGCGGCGCCAAGGACAUCGCCAAAGAGGUGAAGCGGCAGGCGGGGAAGAAGAUGGGCCGCGGCGUGGACAAGAUGGCGGACGAGUACUCCAAGCGCUCGUACACGCGCUUCGAGGAGGACGACGAUGACGACUACCCGGUGCAGGGCCAGGACGGAGGGUACUACCGCAGCGACAGCCGGGCGCAGGACGACGAGGGGGCCCACAGCGACUCCACCGAGGGCCACGACGAGGACGACGAGAUCUACGAGGGCGAGUACCAGGGCAUCCCGCGCCCGGACCCGCGCAAGGCCGACGGCCAGGCCGACGGCGUGGUGCCCGAGGGCGCCCAGUUCCGCGACAUGGCCGAGCCGGCAGGGGAGCGGCGGAAGGACCAGGAGGAGCUGGCCCAGCAGUAUGAGACCAUCCUGCAGGAGUGCGGGCACGGCCGCUUCCAGUGGACCCUCUACUUCGUGCUGGGCCUGGCCCUCAUGGCCGAUGGCGUGGAGAUCUUCGUGGUGGGAUUCGUGCUGCCCAGCGCCGAGAAGGACAUGUGUCUGUCCGAGCCAAACAAGGGCAUGUUGGGUCUCAUCGUGUAUUUGGGAAUGAUGGUGGGGGCCUUCCUGUGGGGGGGCUUAGCGGACCGGAUCGGUCGAAGGCAGUGUCUCCUCAUCUCCCUCUCCAUCAACAGCGUCUUUGCCUUCUUCUCCUCUUUCAUGCAAGGAUACAGCACCUUCCUGUUCUGCCGCCUGCUGUCGGGUGUGGGGAUUGGGGGCUCCAUCCCUAUCGUCUUCUCCUACUACUCAGAGUUCCUGGCCCAGGAGAAGCGUGGGGAACACCUGAGCUGGCUCUGCAUGUUCUGGAUGAUUGGGGGAAUCUAUGCCUCAGCCAUGGCCUGGGCCAUAAUCCCCCACUACGGCUGGAGUUUCCAAAUGGGCUCAGCCUACCAGUUUCACAGCUGGCGGGUGUUUGUGCUGGUCUGUGCUUUCCCCUCCGUGGCCGCCAUUGCGGCUCUGAACACCAUGCCUGAGAGCCCUCGCUUCUAUCUGGAGAAUGGGAAACACGAUGAGGCCUGGAUGAUCCUGAAGCAGGUUCACGACACUAACAUGAGGGCCAAGGGAUACCCUGAGAGAGUGUUCUCUGUGACCACCAUUAAGACAGUGAAGCAGAUGGAUGAGCUGGUGGAGAUGGGCAGGGACGCGCCCUGGCACAAACGCUGGAAAGCAAAGCUGACCAGUCUUUUCCAUCAGGUGUGGGGAAAUUUUCAGGCCUGUUUCUCCCCUGAGUAUCGCCGCACCACAUUCAUGAUGAUGGCAGUAUGGUUCAGCAUGUCCUUCAGUUACUAUGGUCUGACUGUCUGGUUCCCCGACAUGAUCAAAUAUCUUCAGAGGCAGGAGUAUGCCUCACGCACCAAGGUCUUCAUCAAGGAGAGGGUGGAACAUGUCACCUUUAACUUCACCUUGGAGAACCAGGUCCAUCGCAAUGGUCAAUACUUCAAUGACAAGUUCAUGAACCUGAAGAUGAAGUCUAUGCUGUUUGAGGACUCUGUGUUUGAGGAGUGCUACUUUGAGGACAUCACAACCAGCAACACUUUCUUCAAAAACUGCACCUUCAUCUCCACCCUUUUCUAUAACACAGAUCUGUUUAAGUACAGGCUUGUCAACAGCAAGCUCAUCAACAGUACUUUUCUACAUAAUAAAGAGGGCUGUAUAUUGGACUUCAGCGAUGACAACAACGCCUACAUGAUCUACUUUGUCAGCUUCCUGGGCACGCUAGCAGUGCUGCCGGGGAACAUUGUGUCCGCCCUGCUAAUGGACAAGAUUGGACGGCUAAGGAUGCUGGCGGGCUCCAGCAUGAUGGCGUGCAUCAGCUGCUUCUUCCUGUCGUUCGGCAGCAGUGAGUCAGCCAUGAUCGCCCUGCUCUGUCUCUUCGGGGGCAUCAUCAUCGCCUCCUGGAAUUCCCUGGAUGUGCUGACCGUGGAGCUCUACCCUUCUGAUAAAAGGACCACAGCAUUUGGUUUCCUGAAUGCUCUGUGUAAGCUGGCAGCUGUCCUGGGCAUCAGCAUUUUCACGUCUUUUGUGGGCAUCACCAAGGCUGUGCCCAUCAUGUUUGCCUCAGGGGCACUGGCUGCGGGCAGCUACCUGGCUCUAAAACUGCCAGAGACACGGGGCCAGGUUCUACAGUAGUGUGCCACAACUUACUGUAAUUACU